UCGUAAUCACCGUCACAAGCCUGAAGCAGUUUGUUUGAUUGCUACCGCUCUGUUGUGGUUCUAAGAGGGAUGGCAGGGAGCGAUAGGAAGAUCGGGGUGGCGCUGGACUUCUCCAAGAGCAGCAAGGCAGCGUUGGGUUGGGCCCUCGGCAACCUCCUCCGCAAGGGCGACACCCUCAUCCUCCUCCACAUCAUACCCACGACGGGCGACGAGGCCAAACACCUGCUCUGGUCCCAGUCCGGGUCCCCUCUGAUCCCUUUGAUGGAGUUCCGGCAGCCGGAGGUGAUGAAGCACUACGAUCUCGAUGUCGACUCGGAGGUCCUCGAUAUGCUCGACACUUCUUCCCGGCAGAAGGAGGCGACCAUCGUUACGAAGCUGUACUGGGGAGACGCGAGGGAGAAGCUGUGUCAUGCUGCGGAGGAUCUGAAUCUGGACUUGCUGGUCAUGGGUAGCCGGGGUCUUAGCCAGAUCCAGAGGAUUAUGUUGGGUAGUGUGACAAACUAUGUGUUGACAUACGCACCGUGCCCUGUUACCGUCGUCAAGCAGUGACGCGAAGCCAGAAACAUCGUGGAGUGCAUGUCAUGUGUGAUGGGAGAAUGAGCUUAAAGAAGGUCGUCCUGUGAAUUUGGAAUAAAAUAUUGCUUGAUGAGACGGAUGAACGAGAGAAGUUCCAAGUUUUAUGUUGCUUUGUAAUAAUGCAAACCGUGGACGCUGGUUGACUAACAAUAAUGCAAACUGUCGAGCUGCAUCUCCUUAUGUCUGCGAGAUCGUGCUUGCAUUUAUGUCUCUGGCUUUAAA